AAUUAAAUUAUAUGCAGGCGGCGGCAUUCAGAGAAUUUCGGAUAAAGAUGAUCAUAUGUGACGAUGACUCACUUUCUUUAUUUGAUUUAUGAUUGAGGACCCAAAAAUCUCUGAUUUUGUUGAUUCAGGACAUUCUAAGUUGACCUAUAAAUAUAUAAAAUCAAAAACUCGCUCAUUAAUUGGCUCUCCAAACUCCGAAAGCUCAUUAAGCCCAUCCUAUUCUAAGUACUCUUUUUCAUCUGUACGUCAAGAUGACCAUCAUCGUUCACCAAGUUGAUGAUGAACAUGGUAUGGGUAUUCAGGAGAAAGGAGUGGUUGUGCCUGAUGAGCUGAAGAAAGUGGAAAGUGGUGGCUUUGUCAUGCCCGACAGCAAUGCUUUUGGCAACACAUUCAGGGAUUAUAGUGCAGAUACAGCAAGAAAGGAGAUCGUUGAGGGGCUCUAUCGUCAAAGCCACAUCAGCCAAACAUAUGAUUUUGUGAAGAAGAUGAGGGAAAAGUAUGGAAAGUUGGAUCGGGUGGAGAUGAGCAUAUGGGAAUGUUGCGAGCUAUUAAAUGAGGUUGUGGAUGAUAGUGAUCCUGAUCUCGAUGAACCCCAGAUUGAGCAUUUGUUGCAAACUGCUGAAGCCAUAAGGAAAGACUACCCUAAUGAAGAUUGGCUCCAUUUGACUGCACUUAUCCAUGAUCUUGGUAAAGUUCUGCUGCUACCAAGCUUCGGGCAGCUCCCUCAAUGGGCGGUUGUAGGUGACACCUUUCCUCUUGGCUGCGCAUUUGAUGACACAAAUGUUCAUCCUGAGUUCUUCAAGCAGAACCCUGAUUAUGAUAAUCCCGCUUACAACACUAAGUAUGGGGUUUAUUCUGAAGGAUGUGGGCUGGAUAAUGUGUUGAUGUCUUGGGGACAUGAUGACUACAUGUACCUGGUGGCUAAAAAUAACAAGACUACUCUACCAAAUGCAGGGCUGUUUAUUAUCAGAUACCACUCCUUUUAUCCUCUGCACAAGUCAGGAGCAUAUACUCACCUGAUGAAUGAUGAGGAUCGGGAGAAUCUGAAAUGGCUCAAAAUAUUCAACCAAUAUGAUCUGUACAGCAAGAGCAAAGUCAGGAUUGAUGUGGAAAAAGUGAAGCCAUACUAUGAGUCUCUCAUCAAGAAGUACUUCCCAGAAAAGCUCAAAUGGUGAAAUUCUGGAGUUGGAAGUAAUCAGCUGGCUUAAAUAUAUACAUUUAAAAAUAUGGAUUUCAUUGCUGCGUUUUAUUUUGUUUGUUUAUAUUUGUAAUAAUUCAGUGAGACCAAAUGGGGAGUUUUCUACUUCCGGUGCGUAUCAAAAUAUACACAAUGGAACUAUCAUAUCAGAAAUUAUGUUCUUAAUAUUAAUAAUUGUUUUUGUUUUGACAA